AUGACCGUGCGCGAGGCGCUGAACGCGGCGAUGGAGGAGGAGAUGCUGCGCGACGAGACGGUUUACAUCUUGGGCGAGGAGGUUGCGCGCUAUAACGGUGCCUACAAGGUCACCAAGGGCCUUCUCGACAAGUUCGGCGAGCAGCGUGUCGUCGAUACCCCCAUUACCGAGAUGGGCUUCGCUGGUAUCGCAGUGGGCUCCGCACUCGCCGGUCUCCGUCCCAUUUGCGAGUUCAUGACGUUCAACUUCGCGAUGCAGGCCAUUGACCAGAUCGUCAACUCCGCCGGCAAGACGUACUACAUGUCUGGUGGCAACGUGCCCUGCCCGGUCGUCUUCCGUGGCCCCAACGGUGCCGCUGCAGGUGUCGCCGCGCAGCACUCGCAGGACUACGCAUCGUGGUACGGCCAGGUGCCUGGCUUGAAGGUCGUUUCCCCGUGGAGUGCGGAGGACUGCAAGGGCUUGUUGAAGUCUGCCAUCCGUGACCCGAACCCCGUCGUCUUCCUCGAGAACGAGAUGUUGUACGGUGUCCAGUUCCCCAUGUCGCAGGAGGCGAUGUCCGAGAACUUCCUGCUCCCGAUCGGCAAGGCCAAGGUUGAGCGUGAGGGCUCGGACGUCACCCUUGUCGCGCACAGCAAGAUGGUCACCCACUCGCUCGAGGCCGCCGACUUGCUCGCCAAGGAGGGUGUCAAGGCUGAGGUUAUCAACUUGCGCUCCAUCCGCCCUCUUGACAUCGACACCAUUAAGGCGUCGGUCAAGAAGACCAACCGCCUCGUCAUCGUUGAGGGCGGCUUCCCCGCAUUCGGUGUCGGUUCGGAGAUCUGCGCGCAGAUCGUCGAGAGCGAGGCCUUCGACUACCUCGACGCCCCCGUCGAGCGCGUCACCGGCGCCGACAUCCCCACCCCCUACGCCACCAACCUCGAGACCCUUGCCUUCCCGGACACCAACUUGAUCGUCAAGGUCGCAAAACGGGCCCUCUACAGGACCAACUGA